UCUUCGCACUACGCUCAUCACCUGUCCAUCAUCGCCGACGACUCGCUCAACUGCGGGCCCGUGUUGAACUGGCUGCAGAUGGACAAUAAAGGUCACAAACUACUGGUGGCGAACGAAGACUCCAGCUCUAUCAACACUCCAGCUGUAGCAGCCGCUUACUCCGUCAGGAAAUAUGUGUCGCAGGCACGGGACGAAAUAAGCUUCGAAGUUGGAGAUAUGAUCUCCAUCAUCGAUAUGCCGGGUCCCCAAGAGUCCUUAUGGUGGCGCGGCAAACGCGGGUUCCGAGUGGGAUUCUUCCCGCACCACUGUGUUGCUGUGAUUGGCGAUAAAGUGCCCAGGCAUAUGACGCAACCACCGCCUAUAGUUGGAUCCGUAGCAGUGGCCCCAGUGAAACCAGUCCUUCGGAAGCAUGGCAAGCUGAUCAGUCUGUUCCGGUCUUUCAUCCUGUCUCGACCCUCCCGAAGGAGUCUGAAGCAGCAGGGCAUACUGAGGGAGCGAGUGUUUGGAUGCGACUUGGGCGAACACCUACUGAAUGUUGGACAUGACGUGCCUCAAGUACUAGUCGAGUGCGCACGCGCCAUCGAAGCCCGAGGCGCUGUAGACGGCGUGUAUCGUCUGUCCGGCGGGUCGGGGCUCACGCAACGGCUCCGAGCCGCUUUCGACGCCGGAACCGCGCCGGAAUUGACCGCGCCGGCGGUCGCAAGAGACCCCCACGCCGUGCCUAGCUUGCUGAAGAUGUACUUCAGAGAGCUCCCAAACCCGCUUUGCACGUACCAGCUAUACGAGAGCUUCGUGAGCGCAGUACAACAGCCGGACGAGGCCUCCAAACUGAGGGCCGUCAGAGACACUGUGGUCAAACUGCCGCCUCCUCACUACAGGACCCUAGCGUACCUAAUGCGUCACCUCCGCCGAGUGUCCCUACUGGGAGAAAGUACCGGCAUGACAGCGCGGAAUAUGGCCAUCGUGUGGGCUCCCAACCUGCUCCGAAGCCCACGGCCGCAACAUGCUUUGCAAGGCGUCGCUGUACAGAUACUAAAGUAUGGACGAGAAGAACCGCUACUUCUUCAGAGGUUAUCCAAGCCUGGUACUUUAGGAGUCAUCGUGGCCAUCGUGUGGGCUCCCAACCUGCUCCGAAGCCCACGGCCGUAA